GUCAUAUAUGAACUUACUAAAAAUGUUGUGUCGAAUCUGCCGCGCUACGUCACAGUCAGUGGAGCAAGAUGGCGGUCCCUACAAAGCAGUACGGGCUGAUCUUGUCACAGAAGAAAGGAGCGUUAAAGACAGCAGCCCUGCAGAGACCCUCAGUGUUCGGGGAUGACUCCGACGAUGAGACGUCAGUUGGGGAGAGUCUGCAGAGAGAAGCAAUCAAAAAGAAGAUGAUGAAGCAGACACGUUUGGAGAUGCACAAGGCCCUGGAAGAGGACAGCACUGUAUAUGACUAUGAUGCUGUGUAUGAUGACAUUCAAAAACAGAGAAUUGAGAGCAACAAAAAAGUUCUGGGAGGCGCUGACAAAAGGCCGAAGUAUAUCCACCAGUUAAUGAAAGCAGUGGAGGACCGAAAGAAAGAGCAAGAACGAAGGGAAGAGAGGAAGAUCCAGAAGGAAAGAGAGGCGGAGGGAGAGAAAUUCGCGGACAAAGAAGCUUACGUUACCUCCGCCUACAAGCAAAAACUGCAGGAGCAGAAGGAAGAGCAGGAGAGAGAGAGGAGAGAGGCAGAGAUGGAAGCUGCUUUGGAUGUGAAGAAACAAAAAGACCUGAGCGGCUUCUACCGACACCUGCUGAAUCAGACUGUAGGAGAGGAGGCGAUACCAGAUCGCUCAGCAAACAAAACUCAAACCUCAAAGGCUGCAAAAGACACAGAGAGGACUUCACCUGUUCCCUCACCUACGUCCCAUGACAUUAUCCCAAGUUCAUGCAGCGACAGCGAGGAGGGGCACGAGCAGAAGUCUGGGUUCAGCAAGCCUGGGGCAGGCUCCUCACACUCAAAACGCCAGUACAGACAGAGGUCGCCUUCAUCAGGGAGCGGAGAAGAGAAGGAGAAGGAAAGAGCGAGGGAGAGAGACAGACAUAGGAAGAGUCACAGAGAUCUAGACAGAGACAGAGGGAAGGACAGAGAUAGGGACAGAAACAGGACAAGGGAAAAGGAAAGGGAAAGGGAUGACAGACAUGGAGGAAGAAGAGACGACAGGGAUAGAAGGAAAGAUAGAGACAGAGACCGAGGCAGGGAAGAUGACAGAGGUAGAGGCAGGGGGGAUACAGAGAGGGAAAACAGACAUGGGAAGCGGGAGAGGAGCCCUAAAGAAAGAGAGAGGGAGAAGAACGGGGAAAGAGAGAAGAGGAGGAAUCCAGGUGAAGACGAGCGGAAGGACAAAGAUCGGGAAGAAGAGAAGGAGAGAAGGAAGGAGCCGGAGAAGGAGAAGGCAGUGAAGAUGGAAGAAAAAGACCCGGAGAAGAAGGAAGAAGCCGGAGCGCCGGGAAAGCAAAAAGAAGACGGCGAAGAGAAAGAGGAAACGGAGGAGAAGGGGAACAAGUUUGCAAAGCGCAGCACGGAUCAGACUGUGAGCUCGGCGAGAGAGAGGUACAUGGCCAGACAGAUGGCACGCUCGGCCUGCAAGAGCUACAUCGAGAAGGAGGAGGACUGAGAGCGCUCCAACACGCCACGCAAACAUCUCUGUACUGCACACAACCUCCAUCUCAGAUUAAGAGGAUAAAGCUAAUCUUAUUUCAUAAUUUUCUUUUUUUUUUUCUCCAACAAUCCCAUUUAAAAAAGAAAGAAAAAAAGAUUUAUUUCUUCCUUUUUUUCUUCUCUGUCAAAACUUUCAGAUUCCCCUACUCCCCUUCUUGAUUUUCUUUUCAAGGCUCAAUAAAUUUCCUACAACAGCUGGACACUGUAGUUUUUUAGCAAACAGAAGUAAAUAUUGCAUGUGCUGGAGAUUAUACUUUCAUCCGUGGAUUAAUACACAUUAGUAUUUACAGCAAGUAGAACAGUGUAUGUGAAACUGACUCCAGAUCAGCUACUGUGGCCAUGUUCAUUGUAAUAAAAGAAGGUGUCACCCGGUGCAACAGUGUAGCUCAUCGAUGUGUGUUUUUUUUUUUUUUUUUUUAAAAGCCAUGGGCAACAACAGAGGUGUGGCACAGAAGAAUUAACAAUAUUAGGCUUUUACUACACGGACAGUUCUCAUUAGUGGAAUUAAUUCAUUGUUGGUUUUAGGCUUUUCAUGGGAUUUGAUGACAAUUAGAAAAACACUGAAUCUUGCCAACCUUGUCCUUUGGUGACCAGAGAGAGAGAGGGAGAGACCUGGCUGAUACAUACAUUUUUUUUGGACUUGAAUGAAUGGAUUAUGGAUUUAUUUUUGUGAAAUAAUGUUGACGACUUGUAAAUACGAGUUUGAUCAGAGAGUGUCAUGUAUCAUCACAUACAGGAAUGAGAGUAUACAGUAUAUAGGAAAUGUUGUGUUGUGGUGUUUAUUCACUUUUGUUGAGGUUUUGUAUCUUUCUCUUGUAGUCAGUGAUGAGUUAUUAAAAUCAUUUCUCGUUCCAGA